GGCGGGCAAGAUAAAAGUGCGAAAUUUUGUAAACAAACACCUCACGCGUUUUGAAACUGGUCUUGAAAGAUUACCGAAAUUGUUUAUUUUUGCAAUAUGUUAACACGAUUAAUCAAGUUUUCGUUUCUCAAAAGUGCAAUUACUUUACCCCUACUCAACUCAACCAAAAUAUGUCCGCUUCAGCUAAGUGUUCGGCCGAUUGUGACGAGUUUUCCUCCGCUAUGCGGACCACGGACCAUGAAAGAAGAACGGUAUCGUGCGAGGGAUAACGUACCGGAAGCGUUCCGGCUUAUCUACCGGGCCCCAAUGGAAUACUAUCUGUCCGCCUGCAAUUUGGUAACUUCAUUCAGUUUCGCGGCCGUUAGUGGCAUUACCGUCUAUGGAUAUCUGCACGAUUUCCAUACCAUGUCCGUUCCGUUCGAGUUCGAUUACGGGUCAUUAACUGCAAAUGAAAGUGAUUUGCUGAUAUUUUUGGGAUUCUUCUUCUUGGCAAACGUUGCUAUUCGUAUGGUGGUCAACCGUUACGUAUUGCGCAUUUAUCGGGAUGAUGAAGACUAUCUUGCCGUUUUCGAAGGAUACUUACCUUUUACUCGCAGGCAUUUACGGUUCAAGAAGGGAAAUGUAGAACCAGUUCCAGAAGGCGGUAUUAUUCCGUGGCAAGAUGCUCGAUACAAAAUAAAUGACAACAAUGUUCUUUUGCUGGAAAGUUAUUUCAGAACGCCGGCAGAAUUAUACAAUAUGCUGAAGCAAUAUAAACAGUAAUUAUGUAUUUGUUCAUAGAACGAUUUAA